AUGGAGGAUUGUACUUCUUUAAAGUUAUAUUAUUUAAUCUUAAUUCUAUAAAUACCAUGUUUUAUUUAAAUACUUCCUCUAUAUUUACUUAAGUCUAUUCUAGCAGAAUUUCAUCCAACAUUUCAACGCUGUAAGAAGAAAAUAAAUGCAAUAUCAUUUAAUAUUAAUACUCAUCAAUAGAUACAUUAUUCCAGAAAUAAAAUAAAAAUGUAAAUAAUGCAAAAGUGUUUUAUGAUUUUUGAGAAUUCAGAACUUGAGAAAUAGUAUUAAUUAGAAAGAUCUCUAUCUAUUAAAAAACCUGUAUUUAUAUGUACGCUCAUUUUAACCUUUGUUUGUAAUGUAAUUACAAUAAUAAUUUAAUCAACAUCCCGUACCAUAGAAAGCUAAUACAUAUAUAUUGUCUUGACAUUAAUUACCAUUUUAGAAUAUGUUACGAUUAUAACAAUGAAAAAAAUAUAAUUCUUGCAAUUAGGAAUAACAUUUACCAAUAUUAUGUUGGGAUUUAUAUAGUUGGAUGUAGAUUCCUCUACAGCAACAACAAGUGAAUUUUAUGCAUAUGGAAAUGUGAUCAUGCAAUUACAGGCAGCUUUAUACAUAAUAUCAAGCUUUAGUCAUGCGAUAAUUUAGGUGACCAGCCAUUUAAUUUUACGCAUAUUAGUUACUAUAUAUUAAUCAAAUUAAGUUGAUUCUUUACUAAUUGGAAUGGCAUUUUUUGGAGCAUUAAUGACUCUGGUUACUGCUCACUAUUAUGAAUCUAGAUCUCGACUAAGUUUUAUUUAAAAUUUAUAAGAAAAUAAGCUUGAGGAUGCCUAUUCUUUUAUCAUUUAGAGACCAUACUUUAAAAUUUCUUUAUCAGAAGAUACAAUGUUGUUCAAUUUAAAUACAAGACAUUAAAUUGAAUAGUUUCCUGGCUUUGAUGAAUACUAUUGCGAUGGAUGCAAUGCAAGAAGUUUAAUGAGAUCAUAUACAACAGAAAAAAAAUAGUCGUUUGAAUCACUAUUAUUAUCUCAAAAAUUAGAAAAUAAUGGAUAUUUGAUUAUUACUUUUAAAAAACAAACUUUCUAAAUAAAAUAUUGCAAAGUUGAUCUCUAAUAAUAGAAUUAUUUGAUUAUUUUAUAAGAUAUAGAUAUAUAAGAUAAGAAAUAAAUAGAUAUCGAAAAAGAAUAAUUGAAACUUGAAUAUUUCUUAAAGUCCAAUUAAGAUUUUAAACAUAAAAAAUUGUUUAAUUGGGGGGUUCUUUCUAUUUUGAUGCUAAAUAAUAAAGUAAUUAAGAGAAUAGAUUUAAAGACAAUCAUAUCUAAAUUAAUACAUAUUUAUAAAAAAUACUUGUUUCCUGAGUUAAAUAUAGAAAUAGUAUGUUGUGAAUAGAAUUUCAAUAUUUACUCGUUUAAAAGUCAAUUGAAGAUUUUUUUAAUUUAGAUUUUUGAGAUUAUUUCAAAAAUUUAGUAUUUUGAAAAAGAAAAAAUUGAAAUAGUAUUACAAAGAAAAGGAUGUGAUGCUUUAAUAAAAAUUCAGAAUGUCAAUCAGAUGUAAUUUAAUUUCAGUUAUGCUUAAAACUUCUUCAUCUAACAUGUUUAAAGUCUCUUAAUUAAUUAUAUAGACUUCUCUGAUUGUAUUGGUUUACUAAUUCGUAAUCAUCCAAUAGGAACGUUUAAUAGAAAAUGA